AUGGGAACAGACAUCGUGUGUCCAGACAGACAUGUGUCACCAUUAUCCACUGAGAUUAAGAGAAUUAGUGCAGUUGUGGAACGGAAGCGAACUCCCCCAACGGUUCGUAUUGUGCAUUCAGGCUUGGCCUGUAACAUUGAGGAGGAGCGCUACUCAGAAAGGGUCUAUACCAUACGGGAAGGAGAAACACUAGAACUGACCUGUCUGGUCACAGGACAUCCACGUCCACAGAUCAGGUGGACCAAAACAGCAGGAAGUGCCUCUGACAGAUUCCAAGACUCAAGUGUCUUCAAUGAGACUUUGAGGAUUACAAACAUUCAGCGACACCAAGGAGGCCGGUAUUACUGUAAAGCAGAGAAUGGCUUGGGGUCCCCAGCGAUAAAGUCAAUCAGAGUGGAUGUGUACUAUUUGGAUGACCCAGUAGUAACUGUUCAUCAAAGUAUAGGUGAAGCUAAAGAACAGUUUUACUAUGAGAGAACAGUGUUCCUCCGGUGUGUGGCCAAUUCCAAUCCACCUGUUCGGUACAGCUGGAGACGUGGUCAGGAGGUAUUACUACAAGGAUCUGAUAAAGGAGUUGAGAUUUAUGAACCCUUCUUUACCCAGGGUGAAACCAAGAUCUUAAAACUAAAGAAUCUUCGACCUCAGGACUAUGCUAAUUACAGCUGCAUUGCUUCAGUGAGGAAUGUAUGUAAUAUUCCUGAUAAGAUGGUGUCAUUUAGACUUUCCAAUAAAACAGCAUCUCCAUCAAUUAAACUCUUGGUGGAUGACCCUAUAGUUGUAAAUCCUGGAGAGGCCGUAACAUUAGUAUGUGUUACGACAGGAGGAGAGCCUGCACCCACUCUCACCUGGGUCAGGUCCUUUGGGACUCUGCCUGAAAAGACUGUUUUAAAUGGAGGAACAUUGACCAUACCUGCCAUCACCUCAGAAGAUGCUGGUACUUACAGCUGCAUCGCCAAUAAUAAUGUGGGAAACCCUGCAAAAAAGUCCACCAACAUCAUUGUGAGAGCAUUAAAAAAAGGACGAUUUUGGAUCACACCAGAUCCUUAUCACAAAGAUGACAACAUCCAGAUUGGGCGUGAGGUGAAAAUAUCUUGCCAAGUAGAAGCUGUUCCUUCUGAGGAGUUAACAUUUAGUUGGUUUAAAAAUGGUCGCCCGUUAAGAAGUUCUGAACGGAUGGUUAUUACACAGACUGAUCCGGAUGUCUCCCCGGGAACGACAAACUUGGACAUCAUUGAUUUAAAGUUCACGGAUUUUGGGACAUACACAUGUGUAGCAUCUCUGAAGGGAGGAGGAAUAUCUGAUAUCAGUAUUGAUGUUAAUAUAUCCAGCAGCACAGUUCCACCCAAUCUGACUGUUCCACAGGAAAAAUCACCUCUGGUCACCAGAGAAGGGGACACAAUAGAACUGCAGUGUCAAGUAACUGGAAAACCUAAACCCAUCAUCCUCUGGUCUAGAGCGGAUAAAGAAGUUGCAAUGCCUGAUGGCUCGAUGCAAAUGGAGAGUUAUGACGGAACACUGAGGAUUGUGAAUGUAUCUAGAGAAAUGUCAGGAAUGUACAGAUGUCAGACCAGCCAGUACAAUGGAUUUAACGUGAAACCAAGAGAAGCUUUGGUGCAGCUCAUUGUGCAGUAUCCUCCUGCUGUGGAACCAGCAUUUCUGGAGAUCCGGCAAGGACAAGACCGAAGUGUUACUAUGAGCUGCCGGGUCCUGAGAGCCUAUCCAAUACGGGUGCUGACCUAUGAGUGGCGCUUGGGCAAUAAAUUAUUACGGACUGGUCAGUUUGACUCUCAAGAGUACACAGAAUACCCGGUGAAGAGUCUUUCCAAUGAAAACUAUGGGGUUUAUAAUUGUAGCAUCAUAAAUGAAGCUGGAGCUGGGAGAUGCAGCUUUCUUGUUACAGGAAAAGCCUAUGCUCCAGAGUUCUAUUACGAUACCUACAAUCCUGUGUGGCAGAACAGACAUCGUGUUUAUUCUUACAGUCUACAGUGGACACAAAUGAAUCCCGAUGCAGUAGAUCGGAUUGUUGCAUACCGGUUGGGUAUUAGGCAGGCUGGACAGCAGCGUUGGUGGGAACAGGAAAUUAAAAUAAAUGGAAAUAUUCAAAAAGGAGAACUAAUUACAUAUAACUUGACUGAGCUAAUUAAACCAGAGGCUUAUGAAGUCCGACUAACUCCUCUCACCAAAUUUGGCGAAGGAGAUUCAACAAUUCGUGUCAUCAAAUAUAGUGCUCCCGUUAAUCCUCAUUUGAGAGAAUUUCACUGUGGAUUUGAAGAUGGGAACAUUUGUUUGUUCACCCAAGAUGAUACAGAUAAUUUUGACUGGACAAAGCAAAGUACUGCAACAAGAAAUACAAAAUAUACUCCAAACACAGGACCUAACGCUGAUCGUAGUGGCUCCAAAGAAGGUUUUUAUAUGUACAUUGAGACAUCUCGACCCAGACUGGAAGGCGAAAAGGCCCGACUUCUCAGCCCUGUUUUCAGCAUAGCUCCUAAAAACCCUUAUGGCCCCACGAACACUGCGUAUUGUUUCAGCUUCUUUUAUCACAUGUAUGGACAACAUAUAGGUGUUCUAAAUGUUUAUCUGCGUUUGAAAGGGCAGACAACAAUAGAGAAUCCACUGUGGUCUUCAAGUGGGAAUAAAGGACAGCGGUGGAAUGAGGCUCAUGUUAAUAUAUAUCCAAUCACUUCAUUUCAGCUCAUUUUUGAAGGUAUUCGAGGUCCUGGCAUAGAAGGUGACAUUGCCAUUGAUGAUGUAUCAAUUGCAGAAGGAGAAUGUGCAAAACAAGACCUAACGACUAAGAAUUCUGUUGAUGGUGCUGUUGGAAUUUUAGUACAUCUAUGGCUUUUUCCGGUCAUUGUACUCAUCUCUAUCUUAAGUCCUCGAAGGUGACCUUAUCCUGGCAGAGGCUAUAAAAGAUUCACCAGGCACUGGCAUGAAGAAAGAGUCUUUGUAAAUGGACAUUGAAAAACAAACUACCAAAGAUUCCUCCACUGACUACUGACUCAAAAAUAAAAUAAUAAAAAUGAAUUUUUUAAAGCACUGGGGAUAAAAAGACAUCAUGGAAGUAUAACUUAUUCCAAACUACAUAUAAAAUAUUCUUGACCUGAGUAGAGAAGAGACCUUCAGGUGCUUUUGUGGCUAAAAAGAUUUCAGCGUCAUCUGGUCAUCUGGUUGAACUCUGGAAAAAAAAAAAAAGCUAUAGAAAUCCUUGUCAAAGCACAAAGUCAUGGCUGGUUUUGUUUCAAAUGAAUAAUUUGCUUGUUACCAUGGAAACCUAAUGGCCUGCCAACAAAAACCUCACUGUAAACAGGGUACGUGAAGAGCUGGCAUUUAUUUUCCUUUCAAGAAGGUUUUACAUAGAGAAUUAAAUAAACGUAGGCCCAUUUACCUUUGGUUGUUACACUUCCUUGAAAAUAACCCGAACUCAGAAUUAUUUAAAGCAUUCAUGCUCCUCCCCACCUGUCCCCACCCCACCUUUAUUGUUAUUUUUUUCCUCCCAUGGCUAAGCUAGAUAACUGUAUGCUGUCUCUUUUUGCAUGCAUUACUAUCCAGGAUGGUAAACCUGGGCUUACAUAUUACACAGGCUUAUCGGAGUUUGCUUGCGGCCACUUGAACACCCAAACUAAGUCAUCUGUUCCAAUGAAGAAACCAAACCACCAUCUUUUAUAAAUUGCCAUGGAAACCAAGUGCCUUCAAUGAAA